CGAGAAUUAACGCAAACGCGAACGUCACGUUACGCCAUCGAAUAAAUUUACACUAAGGGCUCAGGUAUCUUGCAAUCGAUAUGAACAUGAACCAUAAACGUAAAUAAGUACUAUAUUGCACUAAAAGGCUUAAUAUUUUAAGCUAAAAAUCGGGUUUGCACGUAGUGUGACGUGCCGUGACGUAUGGACGAGCGAACUUACUCAUACGACCCGGUGCCCGGCGCGCCAGUAACCAACAGACCAACCAUGGAGAAGGGACAGCUGUGGCGGCAAUACGUGAUCGCCGGCGUCGCUAACAUAGCGAUCGCCUCCACGGGCUACUCCAUGGGAUGGACGUCUCCCAUCAACAUCAAGCUAAAAGAUGGGAAUCUGACGGAUUCUCCCCUGCCCGCCCCUAUCACCUCUGCCGAGGAAGCAUGGAUCGGUUCCAUCCUCACUCUCGGGGCUAUUCUUGGCCCAUUCAUCGGAGGCCCUUUAGCAUCGCGCGUCGGUCGCAGAUGGAGUCUGAUUGCCUCAUCCAUCCCUCUGUUCGUUGGUUGGAUCCUUAUAGCGGCCGCGACCUCUGUGGCGUUCCUGUACGCUGGACGCUUCAUGUGGGGCGUCGGUGUCGGCAUGCUGUUCACCGUGUCACCCAUGUACUGCGCUGAGAUCGCUACGGAUGACAGCAGAGGCGCCCUCGGCUCGUUCCUACAAGCGUUCAUCACACUUGGGUUCCUUCUGGUGUAUGCAAUCGGCCCUUUCAUCUCGUACAGCGCCGUAGCGUACGUCGGUGUCGGCUUUGUGGCUGUCUUCGAUAUACUCUUCUACUUCAUGCCCGAGACACCCAUCUACUAUCUGACUAAGAAUGACCGAGAGUCUGCUGCCAACUGCCUGAUGACGAUCCGUGGCCAAUCCCGCUCUGGAGUGGAGGCGGAACUGGACCUCAUGGCCAGCGACGUGGCCGCUUCCAUGGCCAAGACAGCGACGAUCGCCGACGUGUUCCGUGGCAGCAACUUCAAGGCGUUCUACAUCUCGUGCGCGCUGGUGUUCUUCCAGCAGUUCUGCGGUAUCAACGCUGUUCUCUUCUACAUGACCAACAUCUUCGAGGCCGCUGGUUCUGCCCUGGACUCUUCCAUUGCCACCAUCAUUAUUGGAGCGGUGCAGGUGGGCGCGUCGUGCGUGACGCCAUUCGUCGUGGACCGGCUCGGGCGACGCAUGCUGCUCUUGUUCUCCGCCUGCGGUACCACCAUUGGUUUGGUCCUCCUCGGCAUGUUCUUCCUCCUGGACGACCUGGACAGCCCCGUGGUCGCCAGCAUCGGCUUCCUGCCCAUCCUGUCCCUCGUGGUGUUCAUCGUGACGUACUGCGUGGGGCUGGGCCCGCUGCCGUGGGCGGUGAUGAGCGAGCUGUUCCCCAUCGAGGUGAAGGCGCAGGCCGCGCCCAUCGCCACCGCGUUCUGCUGGACGCUGUCCUUCUUGGUCACUAGGUACUUUGGGCCAAUCUCGGAGGUCCUGGGCAUGUACGCGGCCUUCUGGAUCUUCGGAGUGUGCUGCAUCAUCGCUUUCUUCUUCACGCUGUUCCUCGUGCCCGAGACCAAAGGCAAGAGCUUCGCCGAGAUCCAGGCGAUGCUCUCUGGAAAGCCAUCAAAAGGAAAGGCGUAACCAACCUACAGCAGAGCAAGUCUAGCCACAAUUACCCACCGAUGAGUGGCAACACCAGAAAAAGCGCCAACUUAUAAUUGCGGUUAACAAACUGACAAAACAACGCAAAUACGCAAACCCCUGUGACAAAACAAGUAGUUCCUAUUUCUUCAGCAGCAAAGUUAAGCUGGUAGCUUUCCUAGUGACUUAUUAUAGUUUAUUAGUGACGUAUUCGGCUUCGCCGUUAGUAAAAGCUACUUUACAUACAUUUACAUACAUACAUUUUAUAUUUAAAAGUUGUUUAGAGAGUACGUAUUAUAUUUUUUAGCAAUAUUAUAAUAGGGAGCGUACAUAAACUGUAAGGGGCAGCACAGGAGACGUCAAAUUAUUGGCGCGAAGUGUAAAUGUGAAGUCUAUGCUUCCGAUGUAGCCCACAGGAAGGCAGAACUUACUAUGCACAAGAAAACGUACUAGAACGUUAGAUGGCAGCACUUGAUUUAGCGUGAAGUGUCAAUAUACAUAUUUAUUGUUCCAAUUCAGGCCAUAAGAUGGCAAACCCUCCAUUUUGUCGAUAUCUAGUAACUUUCUGCAAUUUGAUUAUUUUUAAAACUGAAAGAACUUUACACAAAAGAACCAAUAGCCUCUACGAAUUUAUACUUUUAUACUACCUAUAUUCAUUUCGAUUAAAAUUAUUGUAAAUAGGUAUAUCGUAUAGAAUAUACUAUUUUAAAGAAUUUACUUUUAAGUGCCUGUACAUGUGAGUACAAAAAUAGGUCAGAGUACAUGAAAUGUGAUAUAAAUAAUAAUGGGUAAAAAUCCUGUCGAAAACAUUUAUUUUUAUAUUUCAAAGAGCCAGUGCCAUUGCCCAGUUAAUUUUCGUAGGUACCAAUAUUUUGAAGGGAUUUUUACUCAUACGAGUAUAGUAAGUUAUAAUUUAUAAAUUAUAAUAAUGUUAAAAUUAAGUUUUUAUUUGACAGUUUGAUGGAGGAGUCAAUUAUUGUUUAUUUUAUGAUAAUAUUUUAUAUUAAACUAACUGAAUUUGACAUCGUUUAUAAUAUUUGGAUGUACAGGGUGGAAAGACUUUUUUUUGGUCCACCCUGUAUAUAAUUAUUGACUCCAAUUUCAAGCUGUUGGUAAUGUUAUUUUGUUGACGAAUAAAAAUAUUAUAAUUUCAUAAAA